ACCAUAAUCCAAAAUCUAAAGGAACACCCAAAUUUCCCUCCUUUCAACUCCCCACAAACUGACAUGGACCAACAAAACUCCACCACAUCCUCCACAACCCCAACUCCAACUCCAACUCCCUCCACCUCUCAACAACCACCCUCUGAACCACCAACCCAAUCCCAACCGCAACCUCCACCUCAAUCUCAGCUUCCCCCACCUUCCUCAACAGCUCCUUCAACCCCAACCCCAAUUCCUCCGUCCCCAAACCCUAACCCUAACCCUAAACCCUCAACCCCAGUAACCCCACAACCCCAACCCCAACCCCAACCCCAACCCCAGUCUAGGCCUCCCUCCACAUUGGCUCGCCCCUGGCCGCAGUCCCACUUCGCCCACUUCCCAUCGCCUUCUUCUUCGGCUUCGUCUGGGCCUCCCCCUCCGCCCUCGUCCUCCGGGCCUCCCCCGCCGAGGGGCAGCAUUGCCAUUGGUGUUCCUGCGCACCACCCUAGCCCUUCUCCUCCUCAACCCGCUCCCUUCUCGUCCUCUUAUGGCCAGCAUUUUGGUGGCCUGGGCCGGGGCGGUGCCGCUGUGCCUGAACCCGUAUCCAAUUCCAGUGCUUCCCAGGUGAGACCGUCUGUGCAAGGAAUGCAAGGAAUGGCGAUGAUGGGUUCACUCGGUUCAAGUUCUCAAAUGCGGCCAGCUGGGGUUAGUGCACAACAUCCACAGAGACCUGUCCAAUCCUCUUUUAGACCACCAUCUACCGCAAGUAGUCAGUCCUUGUCUUCCCAAAAUUUCCAAGGACACAGCCUUUUACGAGUUUCUUCAGUAGGAACUCCUAGUACAUCACCAAAUACAUCUCAAGGUUUGCAGCCUCAUACUCAGCCAUGGUUGUCAUCUGGGUCACAAGGAAAGCCUCCUAUACCAUCCCCUUCAUAUAGGCAGCAUAUGAACUCACCAUCCAUGCAGCAAAGAUCACAUGUUCAGCAGCAACAGCACCAUCCCCUUCCUACUGCUUCACAGCAACAGCACCAUCCCCUUCCUACAGCUCCACAGCAACAGCACCAUCCCCUGCCUUCAGCUUCACAGCAACAGCACCAUCCCCUGCCUUCAGCUUCACCGCAACAGCACCAUCCCCUGCCUUCAGCGUCACAGCAACAGCACCAUCCCGUGCCUUCAGCUUCACAGCAACAGCACCAUCCUCUGCCUUCAGCUUCACAGCAACAGCAUACAUCACCGGCGCAGCAGCAACAACCUUCUUCGUCGCAUCAGGGACCCGAGCAUUUUGGGCAACACGUUCAACCAUCAAGGAUCCCACAAACAACCCCCCGUCAAAUUACAAGGGUCCAGAACCUGGCAAACCAGAAGUCUUCCUCUCCUGCAUCAGUACAGCCUAACACAGUCCAAUCAGGGCCCCAAAAUAAAACUGCUAGUGCAGAAACGGAUGAAUCUUGUAAUAGAAUUCUUAGCAAAAGAAGCAUCCAUGAGUUAGUUAACCAGAUUGAUCCAUCUGAGAAGUUAGAUCCAGAAGUUGAAGACAUUCUCAUGGAUAUUGCAGAUGAAUUUGUUGAGUCUAUUACAACAUUUAGUUGCUCACUAGCCAAGCAUCGAAAAUCAACUACGUUAGAAGCAAAAGACAUACUUCUACAUAUUGAAAAAAAUUGGAAUAUAACUCUUCCUGGGUUUGGUGGUGAUGAGAUUAAGGGCUUCAGGAAACCACUCACAAACGAUAUUCACAAAGAGCGUCUUUCUGUUAUAAAGAAGUCCAUAGUAGCAACUGAGACAGCAAAUGCUAGGAGUUCAACUGGACAAGCCACUGGAAAUGCAAAGGGUAGUCUUGUUAAAGCACCUGCCAACGUCAUAAGCUCCCAAAACACCAAAAUGCGUGAAGUUACUUAAUGACCUUAACUGUUGUGAGCAGAUUUAUACUAAAAAGUUGGUAGGUCACUGGCAUCGCUGAGUUCUUUCGUCUGGUGCAUGUGGCCAAAUUUUGCAGUAGAAAGUCUUACAGUUGAAUCGGAGUAAUCCUAGUGGGCCAAAGUUUUCCCCGGGGGGGUUAAGGAACUAGAAGUCUUCCUUCGGGUUACAUCAAUGAAGUUGAAAGUAUAAGUUCCACCAAGACAAACGGAUUAAUCCUGACCCUUUUGGCUCACCAAAUUGUAUAGCUCCGUCGACCAGUUGUAUGGCAAAAAUUUUAAACACGUCUGUAAAUGGGGCCAUACGUAGAAAUGUUGUUUGUGUUUUGCUUUGGCUGUAAAUGGGCAAAUCAGAGUUUUGUAUCUAUUUAUCCAUCUUUACCAAUAUUACCAUGCAUAAUACACCGAAA